GCCGGGAGUGCGUGUGCUACCCCCCGAGGCUCCCCUUCAGGCUGUCCCUGAGCCCCAGGAGCAGGACCGGCGCCUCUGGGCCUGGCCUGGGGCCCAGGAGGCUUCAGAGCUGCCCACGCCUCCGGGGAACGCUGCCGAGGGGCGCCAUGGAGACCCCUGCCCCGAAGCCCCAGGAGACAGCUCUGUCCUCUCAGGAGCCUACUCUUACCCUCAGAAAAAAUCCAGAGGAUAAAUUGGGUCAGGGUCUCCCGGAAGCCAGGUCCAAGGAAUCAGUGACUUUCAAGGAUGUGGCUGUGGACUUCACCCAGGAGGAGUGGGGCCAGCUAGACUCCCCUCAGAGGGCCUUGUACCGUGACGUGAUGCUGGAGAACUACCAGAACCUUCUUGCCCUGGGACCCCCAGUCUGCAAGCCGGAUGUGAUCUCCCAUCUAGAACGAGGCGAAGAGCCUUGGUGGAUGCCCAGAGAAGUCCCUGGAGGGGCUUGUCCAGAGGGGGAGCCCGGACCUGGGGUGAAGGACAAGUCGUGUCAACAGCAGGGUGUUUACAAGGAAGAGCCUUGCCAGGAGCCGAUCACCAAACCACUGGGGAGGUCCAGCGUCCUCAGCUCCAGUGGCAGCGAGUGGGCCAGCGAGGGCCUGGCGGCUGCUCCAGGAAGAGGCAAAGCUGCGCUGCGGAGGCUAGCGCCGGGCAGCCUGGGGGACGUUCCCCCGGAGGGGCGCUGGCACAGCUGCAAGGCAUCUGAGGAUUUCCCCGCUGGGUGUACCCUCUUCACCCCUCAGACCAUUCCUGCAGAAGGAGACCCUCCUGACAGGCCCACCGCAAGCAUCCAGUCUGGCGGACAGAGAGGGGGCCCAGGGAGAGGCCCCAGCAAGUCCAGUGACCGCAGCAAACACCCACCCUUGAGCCGGCGGCGGGGAGUGGCGGCAGGGGACAGCCUGUUCGUGUGUGGCGAGUGCGGGAAGGCCUUCCGGCAGAGCUCGUCCCUGACACUGCACCGGCGGUGGCACGCCCGAGAGAAAGCCUACAAGUGCCACGAAUGCGGCAAGGCCUUCACGUGGAGCACCAACCUCAUCGAGCACCAGCGCAUUCACACCGGGGAGAAGCCAUUCUUCUGCAGCGAGUGCGGCAAGGCCUUCAGCUGCCACUCGUCGCUGAACGUGCACCACCGGAUCCACACGGGCGAGCGGCCCUACAAGUGCAGUGCCUGCGAGAAGGCCUUCAGCUGCAGCUCGCUGCUCAACAUGCACCUGCGCGUGCACACAGGCGAGAAGCCCUACCAGUGCAGCGCCUGCGGCAAGGCCUUCAACCAGAGGACGCACCUGACCCGCCACCAGCGCAUCCACACUGGCGAGAAGCCCUACCAGUGCGGCGCGUGCGGCAAGGCCUUCACCUGCCACUCGUCCCUGACCGUGCAUGAGAAGAUCCACAACGGGGACAAGCCGUUCAAGUGCGGCGAGUGCGGCAAGGCCUUCAGCAGCCGCUCGCGCCUCACCCUGCACCAGCGCAUCCACACGGGUGAGAAACCCUUCAAGUGUGGUGAGUGCGGCAAGGCCUUCAGCUGCCACUCCUACCUCGUCGUGCACCAGCGCAUCCACAGUGGGGAGAAGCCCUUCAAGUGCAACGAGUGCGGCAAGGCCUUCAGCUCCCACUCUUACCUCAUCGUGCACCAGCGCAUCCACACUGGGGAGAAGCCCUUCGACUGCAGCCGAUGCUGGAAGGCCUUCAGCUGCCACUCGUCGCUCAUCGUGCACCAGCGCAUCCACACCGGGGAGAAGCCCUACAAGUGCGGCGAGUGCGGCAAGGCCUUCAGCCAGAAUCACUGUCUUAUCAAACAUCAGAAAGUCCACUCCGGGGAGAAGUCGUUCCGAUGUAACGAAUGCGGGGAGAUGUUCGGCUGGAGCGCCCACCUUGCGGAACACCAGAGAAGACACAGUGAGGAGAAACCCUUCACCAUUGAGUUUAACAAGCACUUACUGAGCACCUACUAUGUGCCGGGAGGCCUGCUGGGCACAGGGGACGCGGGCGUGAGCAGCGUGGACACAAUCGAUGCCCUAGACGUGGCAGAGCUCCUGUGUGCCGUGCAGCCCCCAGCUGGCAGGACAUCCCCGCUGGGCAGCAAGCCUGGAAAUUAGCGUGGCGUGCCCGCCCCUUGGCCUCACUCCUUCCCCAGAAAGGGGAAAGCACAGCAGCUCAGAUACAUACAGCCCACUCAUGCCUCCGGUUUAGAGACUGGCUCUGCUGCCUGUGCCGAUGACCCACGCACUGGGACCACUCUCUCAGAAGUCAUCACCACCCCAGGAAGCGCUCCAGUGUAGGAAAGAAGAGCUGCGGGCCAUCUGAGGGUGUCCCAUCGGCCUGCUUUCCUUAAUGGGCUUGCAAGACACGGGGUCUCUCCUGCAGGCAGAAAGAAGGUGUAUUGAUCAUUGUGUCCUCGGACGGGCUCCUGGUAUGAUCUUGAUCAGGAAUUUCCUUUGUAUGUUAUGUUUUGGAGGAUAAUGAUAAUAAUAAAAACAAACAGAAGAAUUACUAACAGUAUUCCAAGU